GCCCUCGGAUACGUGGCAGCUCGCGUGGUUCCUGUUCCCGACGACUCUACGCUCGUCGGUGUCGGCGAGUUCAGCAACCCGAGAGGCCUCCGCAGCAAUGCAGUGCCCCCGCUGAAGGGCAUCGCGAAGGAGCUGUCCAGACGCGCUACCGUACGCCUGAUCGACGAGUACUUCACGAGCAAGAAAUGCAUCGCGUGCCACAGCGAUCUAGCGGAGACGGAGUCCCAGAACGUCCUGCACUAUACCAACAGCACCUGCAGGAUGUACUGGGACCGCGACGAGAAUGCGGCCCGCAAUCUGAUG